UUGACAGUACGGUAUUGAUCGCCUGUGCCUGGUGUUUUUCUAUUAUUCAUAAUUAAACAUUUGUUUCUACAUUAAACAUGUUUGUGGCUUAAACAGCUUGCUGUCUUCUAGUUUAUAUUGAAAAUACAAAUCAUAAACUAAAAUAUGGAUAACGUUGGAGGCGAUACCGGGUCAACAUCUUCAAACAAACCAGCCCUCGAGGUUUUCAUUAUCCGUAACAUUGACAACGAGGCCGAUUUGAUAACAAAAUUGAAUGAAAUUAUAGACGCCGGUAAAGAUUACAAGUAUGACAUUUCGGCUUGUUUGGUGAGCCUUAUAAAGCGGGAAGACCAACAAACCCAGACGUUGAUAGUUCAGGCUAUUGCAGAACUGGCCAAAUGCGAAGAUAAGCGCGAAUUAUUGGCAAGUGAGAAGCUUAUUGAGCCAAUAUUGAACUUACUGCGAAUGGAAAUGUCUGAGGGAUUAUCGGAGUUGCUGAAGCAGUGCGUCAGAGCCCUCGGCAACCUGUGCUGCGACUGUGACAAAGCUAGACACCUGGUGUAUGAGUAUGAUGGAAUGACAGCCCUGCUAACUCUACUGAAAUGUACUUUGAGAAUUCCUUCUCCCCUAUCAGAAGAAAUAAAGUUAUUAACAGCUAAAAGUAUAUUAAACAUUGUGAUUGGAGGGGAAAUAUUUAUUGAGAAUUUCAGGGCCGUCGGCUUUCCGAGGAUCAGGGAAAGGGAGAGAGACCAGACAUAUAAACAUAUAUUGAAUGGAGAAUUGAAGAAAGAUGACAUGAAUGACGAUUUGGUGUCAACAGCGCUACUGACACUGAGCGUGAUCAACGACUUUAUACCGGCCUAUCAGUUUCAUGAUGACGUUAAUAUGGCCGUGCUCAACAUGCUGCGGGUGACCAAUAACCUUCAGAUUUCUGAAUUAUGUCUGGACCACUUACACACACAAGCUGAACAUGGUAAUUUUCUUGAUACUGCGAAGACAAUGAUGGCUAAUGAAAAGGGAGUCCAGCUUGUCUGCGAGAGACUAGAAUUGCUUUUGGCUAAAAAAGAAGCUGGGGAGCUGAUCAGUGACGACGCUGAGGUGGAGAGUCUGAUGAAGCAGGCUUGUGAUCUCAUCAUUAUGGUGCUUACUGGAGAUGAAGCGAUGCACCUCCUGUACAACCACGGGGAAGGCGAGGUGUACAAGACGAUGGUGGGUUGGCUGACACAUAAGAACCUGCACUUGCUGACCACUUCCAUACUGGCCAUUGGCAACUUCGCGCGGCAGGACGACUAUUGUAUGAAAAUGAUGGAGGAUAAGAUCUAUGAUCGACUGCUUGACAUCUUCGAAAAGUUCCACAACCUGGGCCUAGCAAUCAAGGAGGACCCGAACGGGCAGCACCCAGUGAACAUGGCCUCAGUCACCAAGAUCCAACACGCAGUGCUGUCCGCUUUGAGGAAUCUAACAGUGCCGAUGCAGAACAAGAAAGUGGCCGCGAAGAAUGGUAGAGCAGCUCCGAUUUUCCUGGACGCCCUGCCCACUGUUGAGGAUCAUCACGUCGCUUAUAAGCUACUGGCUGCUAUUAGGAUGCUCGUCGACGGACAAGAGGCGGUAGCGAUACAGCUAGCGAGCCACCCGGCGGCUCUAGCGGCCGUGGCGCGCUGGUGCCACGCGGGCGAAUUCACCGGAGCCUCGGGCGAGGCACCGCGCCUGCUGGCCUGGGCCGUCAAGAUGCUGCGCCGGCAGCCGCACUGGAGGCAGCUCAUACAGGUGGAAGGUUGUGUGCCAAGCCUGGUCAACAUGCUGAUGGCAUCUCACUCAGUGAUGCAGAACGAAGCGAUCCUCGCUCUCACCCUCCUCGCCAGGGAAUGUCUCAAGCCAGCUGAAGACGAGGACGUAGACUACGAACAGAGCUUCAUCAAUCAACUCCUCAAGUCAGAGAUCGGUAAGCACCUCUCCGUACUCAUCGAGACAAACUGCGCGAAGAUGCCCGUAGAAGUGGCCCAUAAUCUUCUGGUAUUUCUCGACAUUACCUCAGAAAAAAACAAGCUGGCCAUGGACUACAAAGAAGCGAAGGUUCACGACUCUCUAAAGAAGUUCAAAGAUUCUCGAAACGAUUUCAGCAAAGAUUUGGUAACUGUCGUUAAUAAGGUCCGGAAUACAAUAGAGGACAACGGCAUUGAAAUGGAAUAGCUAUGUUGCGCGGGAAAACUGUGCGGUUUUCAACCCUUGUGUUUCCGCUUGCCCCGAUAUUAAUGAGGAUAAUUGGGUAGUUUCUGUGUAGUCAAAACAGUUACUUUUUACUAAACGUUAAUACAUAUAAAAAAAUACUGUGGAAUUUGUAUGCAAACGUACACCGUGACAUCAUAGAAAAACGUGAUAAAAUAUCGAAAGUACCUACAUUCGCGUUUUUAUUAUUAAAAAAUAAAUAAAAGGAACGAAUAAUUUGAUUUUUUUUAUAAGUCUUAGACUUUCAUUAUUUAUUUUUGACUUAGGAAACUACCCAAUUAAAAUAUUCAACUUUUCUCUUGCAACUGCCGAAUAGAACGAGGUCUAUUAGUGCGGAUUAGAAGGGUUAUUGUCUAAGUUCAACAUCUAUCGCAAUUCUAGGUUUUGUGAUUGGCUACAACUGCUAGUCUGUAGAACUGAUAUUUUCAGUGAAUCACAGUGACUGGAAUCACAUUGGAUCGCGAUAGACGUCAGACAAUACGGGGUUUUCCAUCUAUAAAAAAGCCGGAUUAUGGAAAAUUAUGUAAAUAUAAUGAGAAUGAGACUGGUGAUAUUUUUGAGGCUUUUCAUAUUGAUCAGCGAAUAUCAGCAAAGCUAUUCUAAAUCCAUGAAUGUGAUUGUAUUGUUGUGAUGGAUGCCAGUUGGCCGUUUAAUUCAUAUUCUUUGGUCAAACCAAAGUAUCGAGACGGAGAAGAUUGGCCUCACCUUUUGCAAUUAUUCGUCGAAUAAUAAGUAAAGAGACACAAAACGAAAAAGUAGUUUUACAGCAUAUUUUUCCCAAACUUCUCUCUAGUCAUAGUUAUAAUUUGUAAUGCGCUAAUAGCUUUCGAUUGCUUUACUUUUCAUAUUUCGAUAUACUUACCUACUUAAUGUAAGCUAAAUAUUUAGAUAAGAAUUAUUUUUAUAGUCCUCUCUAUUUGUACUUGUACAUUCCACGUUUCCAUCUUCUACUUCACUUUUUUGUGAUAGUAACAUUUUUAUUGAACACCCAAUGAAUAGGUAAUAAUUUAAAAUUGAUUCUUCUAUAAGCAAAAUAUAGCUACCGUUAAUUAAGUACAUCAAUCUGAUCGAAAUACUCGAGAGUGCAAUUACCUACGGGACUUUGUAUGUUGUACUGUUGAUUCUUUGGAGUUUAGUAAGUUGGAGUGUAGCACCGAAGGAAAUAGGUAUUGUGGUUUGUUUGAUAUGCGGGCAUAUCGGCAGUUUAUAAAGAAAUGUUACCACGUUACAAUAAUAGUAAUUGUACUAAUGUUAACAAUAUAUUGUGUCUGUAUUUAUGUGGAUUCCGAUAUUAAAUGUUCUUGAUGUCAACUGUGUAGGCACUAUAGCAAGAUUAGUUUGUAAGAUUACUGCCGCCAAACCGUAGCACCUAUCAUUAUUUAC